AUGGCAUCCAGCAAACCUUCAUACCUCGUCGUCGGUGCUGGCGUUUUCGGCAUUUCGACUGCCUACCACCUUAUCAAGAAGUACCCUGACCGCCAAAUCACCGUUGUCGACCAGGAUGCUUGGGACGCUGACAGCCGCGUCGCUGCGUCAUGGGAUUGGAACAAAGUUGUGCGCGCCGACUACGACGAUCUCAUCUACUGCAGACUUGCUCUAGAAGCUCAGGAUGUCUUCAAGGAGGACCCCCUCUGGAAACCCUACUUCCACGAGACCGGCAUCUUCUGGGUCUGCCGCUCAGACUACGCACAAGAAGUCAUUGACAACUACAAGAAGCUUGGCCGCCAGGCUGAUCUCAAGUCCGUUUCCGUUGAGGAGGCCAAGAAGAUGUUUGGGGGACUUUUCGAGGAGGCCAACUACGACGGCGCUAAGAGUGUGCUUGUCAACAAGACGAGUGGAUGGGCACAGGCCGGUGAUGCUCUAAGAGCUGUUACCAAAUGGUCCAUUGAACAGGGCGUCAAGUACGUCACACAAAAGGUUGAGAGCCUGGAGUUUGACAACACCGGCCGCUGCACUGGAGUCAGGACUGAGCAAGGCAACACGCUCUCAGCCACACACGUCGUUCUCUCAACCGGUGCAUACACAGCCAAACUUCUCGAGCAAGCCGCAAAGCGAAGUGGAAACGAAAACCUCCGUGCUGGAUCAAGAAUUGUCGCCGGUGGCAUCACAACCGGCAUGACUACUCUCAACGAAAAGUCCUACGAGAGAUUCAAGCACAUGCCAGUCGGUGUUCAAGGCUACACCGCCGCAUAUGGACCCUUCAUCGGCAGCUUACCACCUACCAAAGACCGCGAGCUCAAGUGGUGGGGCGAGAAGAUCUUCAAGAACACACAUGAAGUCCUCCCCGGUCGCUUCGUUUCCGCACCGCCCUCAGAAAAGGAUUACAACCAGUGGGACGUUCCCGGCCCACUGAAACUCGACAUUGCGCACGCCAACGACGUCUUCUACGGCAAGAAGGGCGCAAACUGGAAAAUGGAGAAGCACCGAAUCUGCUGGGACGCCUUUACCACCUCCUCCGACUUCAUCAUCUCCCCCCACGCCGCCGCAAAGGGCCUCUACGUCGCUACCUGCGGCUCUUUCCACGGCUACAAGUUCUUCCCUGUGCUGGGCAAGUACGUCGUGCAGAUGCUUGAAGACGAUCUCGAGCCUGAGCUCAAGGAGAAGUGGGCAUGGGACCGUGAAAGACCCGCACCAAGUCUUAACCCUGACUGGCCGCGCUUUGAGAUGACGGAUCUGUUGGACCAGUGGCCAAAGGCUAAGUUGUAA